UUGGAUGGUCAUGUUCUGAAAUGUGUGAAAGAUCAAAAUGGAAACCACGUUGUGCAAAAAUGUAUUGAGUGUGUUCAACCCCAGUCGCUCCAGUUCAUCAUUGAUGCAUUUAAAGGACAGGUAUUUGUACUUUCAACUCAUCCAUAUGGUUGUAGAGUAAUUCAACGUAUUCUAGAACACUGUACUGCUGAGCAGACUUUGCCAAUCUUAGAAGAACUGCAUCAACAUACAGAACAGCUAGUGCAGGAUCAAUAUGGAAAUUACGUUAUUCAACAUGUACUGGAGCACGGCCGUCCUGAAGACAAGAGUAAAAUAGUUUCAGAAAUAAGAGGAAAAGUUCUAGCUCUUAGUCAGCACAAAUUUGCCAGCAAUGUGGUAGAAAAAUGUGUAACUCACGCUUCUCGUGCUGAGCGAGCUUUACUUAUUGAUGAGGUCUGUUGCCAGAAUGAUGGUCCUCACAGUGCCUUAUACACCAUGAUGAAGGACCAGUAUGCCAACUAUGUUGUUCAGAAGAUGAUUGAUAUGGCUGAACCUGCUCAGCGGAAGAUAAUAAUGCACAAGAUUCGACCCCACAUCACAACUCUGCGUAAAUACACCUACGGCAAACACAUUCUGGCCAAGCUGGAAAAGUAUUACCUGAAGAACAGUGCUGAUCUGGGGCCAAUUGGUGGACCACCAAAUGGGAUGCUGUAAAAGGCAAAAAGAAAUGGAAGAAAAAUGGAAUUGUGAAUGAUCAAAGCAUACAACUUAACUAUAAAUGUUCUGAUUUUUUUAAAUCUAUUUAUUGACUUUGUUCAUCCAUUUGUAAAAUUUUUAUUCUUGUGUAUAUUUUUGGGGAGUGAAUUAU